AUGGUCGAGCAAGUCAUACCGGAUGGACAUCCUGCAUUGCUAGCCCACCGGGAAACGCGGUCCACGCAUGCGCAGGACCAUUUGCGCCCCUUUGCACCGGUAUCAGGCCAACGCGGGGUCGACGACGCCCCCGCUGUAUAUACCACACACGCGACAGAUCAGCAACAGCAAAAUGGCGAACAACCAGACGAGCCCAUCCCUGCAUUACCCAUUGUGAUCGCGCGCAUCCACGCUCGCGUGCAGGCUUUCCUGGCCGAGUCGCACCCGCCCGGCUCACUGCUCGCCGCCGUACAGCAGCAAACUCGCACUUCGCUGGAAGUUGUUGCAACUGCGUUGCAGCGGUAUAAGAUUUCAGAGCUUUCGCUGUCAUAUAAUGGUGGAAAGGACUGUCUUGUUUUGUUGAUUCUGUUCUUGGCGGGAUUGCAUCCGUAUACGAAUCAUGAACAGACAGAAAAAGGGACGUCAGAAUCAGAAUCAGAAUUAGAAUCAGAAUCACCCGUUAUACCAUCCAUCUACGCUCUCCCGCCAGAUCCUUUCCCCGCCGUCGAAGACUUCGUUCUCACCUCCGCAGAAGCCUAUCACCUCUCCAUCACUAAAUAUACCACCGCACCACCAACUUCCACGCUCCGCUCCAGCUUCGAAGAUUACCUGGCGCUACACCCGGGGAUCAAAGCGAUAUUCGUGGGUACGCGCCGAACCGACCCGCACGGUGCGCAAUUGACGCAUUUCGACCGUACCGAUCACGGGUGGCCGGAUUUCAUGCGCAUACACCCCGUCAUUGACUGGCAAUAUACGGAGAUCUGGUCUUUCAUUCGACAUCUAGGGUUGACGUACUGCUCGCUCUAUGAUGAUGGGUACACCAGUCUUGGUGGGACGUCAGAUACUCUUCCGAACCCGCGGCUACAGAAAGGGGAGGGUUAUUUGCCGGCUUAUGAGUUGACGCAUGCUUUGGAAGAGAGACUUGGGCGUAACUGA